AUGACGGACGACUUGCGUGGUUUACUGAAGCGAGAGAAGCGCAUACGGGACAGUUUGGACUCCGUGGCUUCGUUUGUGCGUGAUUUCAAAGAAGAAGACAAAGAUGAGGUGGAAGUUCGUUUGCAGCUGUUAGAAAGUGCUUUCCAUGAUUUUCACAAAGUGCGUGAGAAGAUUGACGUGAUUCUGGAUGAAGCCGACGAAGAUGAAGUGGUCGAUACAGAGGAGUCGGAACAGGACCGUCAAGCGAGGCUCAAAUAUACGGCGAAGAAACGGGAAGCUGAAAGCGCAGUUGUUUCGAGGAGCGUGGAGAACUGCUACUGUAAGGCGAAGUCUGCGUUGCUGAAGUGGCAGAAUCAGAUGAGGCCUAUCAAUCCAAGUUCUGCGGUCCCAGCUGCACAGCCGGUUCUCUCGAGGGUGAAGCUUCCGGAGAUAAAGCUCCCAUCGUUCAGCGGCGUUCUGCGAGAUUGGGUUUCGUACCGUGACGCGUUCCAAAGCCUGAUUCAUCGGAACCGGGAGCUCACGGACAUGGAUAAGUUCAUCUACCUCCGCUCAUCGUUGUCCGGUGAUGCACUUUUGGAAGUCAGCUCCAUCGAGCUUUCCGCUGCCAACUACUCGGUAGCGUGGGAUGCGUUGGAGGAUCGCUAUCAUAACCGAAAGCUGAUCGUGAAGGCGUACCUCGAUGCCAUCUUCGGAAUCGAGUCGAUGCGACGAGAGAGCUACGAAGCGCUGAGCCAGCUCAUCAGCGACUUCGAGAAAAACCUGCAGAUGUUGAAAAAGAUGAACCAGGACACCGACAGCUGGAGCACGAUUCUGGUGCACAUGGUCUGCUCGAGACUCGACAGCACUACCUUGCGAUUCUGGGAAGCGGCGCACAAUUCCAAGGAAGUACCUACAUACCGAAACCUUAUAACCUUCCUGAAGAAUCACUGCGCUGUUCUCCAAUCCGUCGGUCCGAGUAAAACCCCCGUCGUCGAGAUGAAGAAGCCGAAGAUAAGCGUGAGCCAUCCUUCGACCAGCAGCACCGGGCGAUGCUGCUUCUGUUCGGAGUCAUUCCAUCCAGCGUUUCUGUGUGGGAGGUUCCAGAAGAUGAAGGUCCCGGAGCGAUACGAUGCUGUCAGGAAGAACGGCCUGUGCAUGAACUGCUUGUCAUCGGGACAUUUGGCCAGGAGCUGCAACCAACAACCCACAUUGCAAAACACUGUCUCCCUUCCGUCCCAAAUAAGACCAUCCUCAAGGCAAGUCCUGCUAUCCACGGCCAUUGUUCGGAUUCGUGAUGACGACGGAAGCACGAUGCUGGCCAGAGCAUUGCUGGAUUCGUGCUCGCAGUAUUGUUUCGUCACAUCCGAGUUCUGUCGACGAAUGAACCUUAAAGAAUUCCCGAACUAUCUGACGGUGAAGGGGAUCGGAGGUUCAACUAGCGUCUCCCAAAAGGCUGUGAGUGGCACGGUCAGUCCACGCUUCACAAGCAUCUCCAAUUUCGAGGAAGCAAUGCGUUUCAACGUGUUGUCGAAGCUGACGAUUCCGCUACCAUGUGAAGGGUUCGACGUCAGCAGGUGGAAUCUACCAGAUCGCAUCGUGUUAGCAGAUCCCGAGUUCUACCAAACGUCGGACAUCGACAUGAUCAUCGGUGCCGAGUAUUACCUCGAUCUGUUGCAGGAGGGAAGAUUCCGACCGAGUGAAGAUGGACCAACGUUCCAAAACACGGUAUUUGGUUGGAUCGUGUCUGGCCGUAUCUCCGAAGCUACUGUGUCCGUGCCAAUAACUGCCACCACGCUGUGUUCUACGGUGGAGCUCCAAGACCAACUCACACGUUUCUGGGAGCUUGAGAGCUGUCGCCAUAUCAGCACGUACUCUGUGGAGGAAUCCGCGUGCGAAGAAAUCUUCAGGCAAACCACCGUCCGCGAUCAGGACGGCCGCUUCGUGGUGACGUUGCCGCGGAAGCAGGGCAUCAUUGAGCAGUUAGGAGAUUCCAGGAAGAGCGCAGAAAGGAGAUUCAUGAGCUUGGAGAGAAGAUUUGCUGCAAAUCCGCAGCUGAAGGAGCAGUACGUCGAGUUCAUGGAGGAAUACGAAUCGAUGGGUCACAUGAAGAAGGUACGUGAGGAGGAUUUGUCUGGAGUGGUGUACUAUUUUCUGCCGCAUCACGCCGUGUUAAAACCGGACAGCACAACAACGAAGCUGCGCGUAGUUUUCGACGCUUCGUGCAAAACCACGUCUGGCUUUUCCCUCAACGAUGGGAUGAUGGUCGGUCCUGUAGUCCAAGAUGACCUCAUAUCGAUUCACGCUCGAUUCCGUCUGCACCGUAUCGGCAUUGUAGCCGAUGUAGCGAAGAUGUACCGAAUGAUCAGCAUGUGCCCUCGAGACCAGAAGCUGCAGCUGAUUCUGUGGAGGAAGUCCCCGAAAGAACCGAUCGAAAUCUACCAGUUAACGACCGUUACGUACGGUACCGCAUCGGCUCCGUUUCUUGCAACGCGCUGCUUGGUACAGCUAGCGCAGGACGGAGAAUCCAGCCAUCCGACUGCAGCGAAGGUCCUACAGAAAGACUUCUACGUCGACGACAUGACGUCUGGUGUCGACACUCCCGAGGAAGGCAAGCAACUCGUUGAAGAGAUAGUCGAUCUGACCGAUUCAGCUGGACUCACGUUGCGCAAGUGGAAUUCGAACUGUGAGGAGGUGCUCAGUGGUCUACAACCGCAUCUGCGAGACAAACGGGCGGUACACGAGAUGGAUUCUCCGCCGCCAACUGCCACUGUGAAGACUUUGGGUCUCGUCUGGUGUCCGUCGACCGACAAUUUCCAGUUCACCGUUCCCAGGUGGAGUACCACGGCGGGAAUAACGAAGCGUGUUGUCAUCUCCGAUGCGUCAAAGCUGUUCGAUCCUUUGGGACUAGUAGGUCCUGUCGUCGUCGAAGCCAAGAUAUUCAUCCAGACCUUGUGGAAACUGGAAUCGAAUUGGGACGAUCCACUCCCGCCAAAUCUUCAAACGUUCUGGUUGGAGUACCGCAGAAAUUUGAGUUCGCUCGAGUCCAUCAGCAUCCCGCGAUGGGUCGGUUUCUCCAAGGCCUCGGUAUCCACCGAAUGGCACGGUUUUUGUGACGCAUCAGAUAACGCGUAUGGAGCAUGCUUGUAUCUCCGAAGUACCCUCCCGGACGGCGUCGUCCGUAUCCAGUUGAUGAUGUCAAAAUCCAGAGUUGCGCCACUGGAGGACCUGAAGAAAAGGAAACGCAAGCAGUCUACACCCCGUCUCGAACUAUCUUCCGCUCUACUACUCAGUCACCUGUAUGAGAAGGUCUGUCAGGCCACUCAGCUGGCCAUCCCGUCAUUUUUCUGGACCGAUUCCAACAUCGUUAAGUAUUGGAUUGCGUCAACACCGUCACGAUGGCAGACUUUCGUCGCGAACAGAGUAUCCGAGAUCCAGCACCUGACAAAGGGUGGCAUCUGGAACCAUGUAGCGGGUGUCGAGAAUCCUGCCGACGUGCUUUCGCGAGGUAUAUCAGCUGCUCAGCUCGAAUACCAGUCCCUCUGGUUCAACGGGCCAGUUUGGCUGCACCAAAGUCGGAAUUUCUGGCCAGAGGAUUCUGGAGUCACUGUCGAUCAACUAGAUCCUGCAUCAUUGGAAGAACGAAAGGUCGUUGCGUUACCAGUGCAAACCGUCCCUCCCAGCGAAAUCUUUUCACUGCGUUCGUCGCUGUCGUCCCUAGUUCGCCUGAUAGCUUGGAUACGUCGGUUUAGGCACAACUCGCAGAGAGUGAACCGCAAUUCAAAGAAGACCGGGUACAUCAGCUCGCAGGAGUACGAGGAUGCGCUGCUCCAGUUGGUGCGGCUGUCUCAAGCGGAAUGCUUCCCGCAGGAGAUAGCAAGUUUGUCCCGGGAGGAUCAGGUGAAAGAUUCUUCAAAAAUAUCGGCUCUGAAUCCCAAAUUGCGAGAAGGAGUACUCCGUGUUGGCGGCCGGCUACGGAACGCACCAGUUUCGGAAGACCGGAAGCACCCGAUGGUUAUCGACCACCGCCAUCCGCUCGCCUCGGUGAUUAUCCAGCACUACCAUCAGAAGAUGCUCCAUUCCGGACAGCAGGUAGUCAUCGCCAGCACCAGAGAGAGGUUCUGGAUACUGAACAUUCGGAAGCUCGCACGGAAGGUCCUCCACGAGUGUGUCACAUGCUUCCGAAUGAGACCACGAUGCCAGGAACAAUUGAUGGCGGAGUUGCCGCCGGAGAGAGUGAAUCCGGCACCGCCAUUCCUCAAGGUUGGAGUGGAUUACUGCGGUCCGUUCCUGGUUUCCUAUCCGCAGCGCCGUAGUCCUCCCGUUAAAUGCUUUGUAGCAAUCUUUGUCUGCCUCGUGGUUAAGGCGGUUCACGUGGAGCUUGUCGCUGAUCUCACCACGGAGGCGUUUCUAGCCGCACUGAAGCGUUUCACCGCCCGGCGAGGACGUCCGGCACUGAUCAUGUGCGAUAACGCCAAGAAUUUCGUCGGAGCCAAGCGGGAACUUCGACAACUGUUGAACCUGUUUGAGCAGCAGCAGUUCCAGAACGCAGUAGCCUGCAACGCCGCAGCCGAGAACAUUGAGUUCAAAUUCAUCCCGGCUAGAUCACCCAACUUCGGUGGUCUGUGGGAAGCAGCGGUGAAGAGCUUCAAGACAACGUUCAAGAAGGUCAUCGGAACACGAACACUGCUGUACGACGAAAUGCAGACGGUCCUCACGCAGGUCGAAGCGGUGUUGAACUCUAGACCCCUCACUCCGGUCAGUAACGACCCCGGAGACUUUGAAGCGCUCACACCUGGGCACUUUCUAGUUCAACGACCACUGACGGCCAUCGCCGAACCCGAUUUGGAAGCCAUCCCAGCCAAUCGUCUCUCCGUCUGGCAGAAAGCGCAAGGUUACAUCCAGCAAUUGUGGAAAAAGUGGACAACACUGUACCUCUCCGACUUGCACAACCGGACGAAGUGGACUAGACAACGUGACAACAUCGCUGUUGGGACAAUGGUAUUGUUGAUGGACGAACGGCUUCCGCCGUUGAAGUGGAACCUCGGCCGUGUUGCUGAGGUGUUCCGAGGCUCGGACGGAAACAUCCGAGUGGUAGACGUGCGGACAACGUGGAGUCUUCCAACGAAGAGGCAUAACUCGCCUCCACCGGUGGUGCUUCGGCACCCGCGGAGGUCUUUGUGGCCUCCGCACUCCACCGCUGUUCUACCCGGUCCCGGGUCCUCGGGACAUUCCACCCUUCGAAGUCGACCAGUCCAAGAUCUUUCUCCAAGUUUGAGGUAUCCGCAUGCGUUGGUGAUGGUAGCUGUGUUGAAGUCCUGUGAAGUCCGUCCGUUCCAUAAAGGCUCCCCAAGCAGUGGAGCAUUCCGUUUGUUUCUGGGUCCAACGACUCAACCGAAGUUUUCCAUUUCGUCUCGUCGAGGUACAACCUGA